ACGGGUAUCGUCGGCUCGUUUGGCACUGGGAGUCUUUCUGAGAGAGGAUUACGUCAGCACGUCUCGGCGUGAGACGACGGUGCCGGCGGUGCUGAGACAGCUUCCGGUGGAGCCUGGGUGUUGAUGUCCUGGAUCUGACGCGGUGUUUCUCGAAGACGAGCCAACUCCGGAGGUGUCCGGAGGAAUUCCAGCACUUGCUGCAGUAACCUCAUCAGCCCGCCAAGAUGGCGAUGCAAGCGGCCAAGAGGGCGAACAUUCGACUUCCACCAGAAGUAAAUCGAAUUUUGUAUAUAAGAAAUUUGCCAUACAAAAUCACAGCUGAAGAAAUGUAUGAUAUAUUUGGGAAGUAUGGACCUAUUCGUCAAAUCAGAGUGGGGAACACACCAGAAACUAGAGGAACAGCUUAUGUGGUGUAUGAAGACAUCUUUGAUGCCAAGAAUGCAUGUGAUCACCUAUCAGGAUUCAAUGUUUGUAACAGAUACCUUGUGGUUUUGUACUAUAAUGCCAACAGGGCAUUUCAGAAGAUGGACACAAAGAAGAAGGAGGAACAGUUGAAGCUUCUCAAGGAGAAAUAUGGCAUCAACACAGAUCCACCAAAGUAAACACUGUUUUUUGUAUUUUCAUUGUGGACUAAAACCCGUGAAUGAUUACCACCACCUUUUUUUCCUUUUUAAUUAAUACUGAAUAUUGUGAUUUCUUGAGAUUCAAGAUUACCUUCUUGAAACUUUGAUACAUAUUAGGAUAUGUUAUGUUAAUAAACUUGUAGCUUUUGUAAAACA